CUUCCAUCUGGCUGGCUCUCCAACGACCCAACCUCGCAGUCUGGUCUUUUCAGCUUUCUUUCCAUCCUGCAUAGACAAUUCAUCUAUUGAUAUCCUCCGAAAGGACCAUGGUCCUGCAACAUGUCGUUGCAAGGUCUGGCUCCCGACCCAAGUGAGCGCAUCUUCGUCGAACUCCGCAGCAAAAGUGAUGAAACCAAGAACAAGGCGGCCACCGAGCUGCGAAACCUCAUUACCCUGCUCUCUCGAGAAUGGGCUCCCGAACGCUUCAGCGCCUUCUACGACCGCGUCACCAAUCGAAUCAGUAACCUCAUCGUCCAAGCCCCCGAUGCCAACGAAAAGAUUGGGGGCAUCCUAGCCCUUGACCGUCUCAUCGACUGCGAGGCCGUCGACGCUGCCCAAAAAGCCUCCAAAUAUUCAAACUACCUCCGAGCAGCUCUGAAAAGCAAUGAAUUCCUCGUCUUGGAUGCCGCCAGUCGCGCCCUGGGCCAUCUUGCCCGGCCCGGCGGUGCCUAUACCGCAGAACUUGUCGAGGCGGAGAUGACUUCGGCCUUCGAAUGGCUCCAGCCCGAAAAUAAGCAAGAGAGUCGCAAAUUGGCCGCAGUACUUUUGAUACGAGAAAUGGCGAAGAACUCCCCAACCUUGGUCUACGGCUUCAUCCCUCAGAUUUUUGAGUUGAUAUGGAACGCUCUCCGAGACCCCAAGGACCUCAUUCGCAGAAUCGCUGCCCAGGCUGUCAGCGCUUGUUUCGGUGUCAUGGUAGCAAGAGAUUCGCAAUUCCAGGCACAUUGGUUUGCAAAGAUAUAUUCCAAAGCUCUCGAAGGAUUUCGCCAGAACACAACCGUCGACGAGAUUCUAGGAUCACUCCUCAUCUUGAUUGAGCUGCUUCAGCAGGGCAAUAUGUUCAUGCACGACUUCUACCGCAACACCUGCGAGAUUGUCCUCCGACUCAAGGACCACCGCGACCCAAGAAUCCGAACCCAGGUUGUCCAGAUCAUACCUGUCCUCGCAGAGUAUGCCCCGCUCGAAUUCAUCACCAAUUACCUCCACAAAUUCAUGAUUUACCUUCAAGCCCAGCUCAAGCGGGAGAAAGAACGUAACCAGGCUUUCAUCGCCAUUGGUCAGAUUGCAAAGGCCGUGGGGAGUGCUAUUGCUCAGUAUUUGGACGGCAUCAUCCUCUACAUUCGCGAGUCUCUGAGCGCCAAAACCAAGAAUCGAUCGGCUGUCGAUGAAGGUCCCAUGUUCCGGUGCAUAAGUAUGCUUGCCGGUGCGGUUGGUCAGACUCUAAGCAAAUACAUGGAAGCUCUCCUCGACCCUAUAUUCGCCUGCGGGUUGACUGAGCCUAUGGAGCUCGCCCUAGAAGACAUGGCGCAUAAUAUUCCUCCCAUCCGAUCGACUAUCCAGGACAAAUUGCUGGACCUACUGAGUCUAAUCCUCGUCCGCUCACCCUAUCGACCCCUCGGUUGUCCUCCCAACAGGAUCCCCCCUCUUCCGUCCUUUGCCAAGGACUAUGGCGGCUUGCCGGCAGAAUAUAAAGACUCUGAGAUAACCUUGGCUCUCUCAACCUUGGGCAAGUUUGACUUCUCUGGCCACAUCUUGAACGAAUUUGUCCGGGAUGUCACAGUCAGAUAUGCCACCAAUGACAACCCUGACAUUCGGCGAGCAGCCUCUCUCACUUCAUGCCAGCUGUUCAUGCAAGAUCCCAUUCUUCAUCAGACCAGCAACAAUGCGAUUCAAGUAGUUGGCGAAGUAGUGGACAAACUCUUGACGGUAGCCGUCGGCGACCCAGACGCAGAUAUUCGGAUGACAGUACUGCGAGCCUUGGACAAGAAAUUUGACAAACACCUUGCCCGUCCAGAAAACAUUCGCUGCCUGUUUCUGGCUGUCAACGAUGAAGUAUUCGGCGUUCGGGAAGCCGCUAUCGAGAUAAUAGGAAGACUGACGACCGUCAACCCAGCAUAUGUCUUCCCCCCCUUGAGGAAGUUGCUAGUGAACCUAUUAACAGGCCUUGGAUAUUCCAACACCGCCAAACAAAAGGAGGAAAGUGCCCGACUGAUCAGCCUCUUUGUUGCGAAUGCCACGUCGUUGGUCAAAACCUAUGUCGAAGCCAUGGUGUCUGCUCUACUCCCCAAAGCCACUGACCCAAAUCCUGGUGUUGCGUCCACCACCAUCAAAGCUUUGGGCGAUCUGACAUCAGUGGGCGGCGAAGAAAUGCAGCAUCAUAUUCCGCAGCUAAUGCCCAUCAUCAUCGAUGCCCUACAGGAUUUGGCGUCUCAUGAGAAACGCGAAGCUGCUAUGAAGACCCUCAGUGCUCUCGCCGUCAAUUCGCAGUAUGUCAUCGACCCUUACGUCGACUUUCCUGAACUAUUAGGAAUUUUGAUCAACCUCAUCAAAACCGAAGCCCAUGAAGAAUUGAGAACCGAUGCCAUCAAGCUCGUAGGCGUUCUUGGUGCUCUCGAUCCCUACAAGUACCAGCAACUCAGCGAAUCUGUCUCGGAGAAGCAAAGCAAAGCAGAGACCACACCUGUGUCUGAUGUCGCUUUGAUCAUGCAAGGCCUCACGCCUUCCAACGAAGAAUACUAUCCAACUGUCGUCAUCAACACUCUCAUGCAAACCAUCUUGGCAGACCAUACAUUGGUCCAGUAUCACAGUGCAGUGAUUGACGCCGUCGUCACGAUUUUCAAAACCAUCGGGAUGAAGUGUGUACCAUUCCUUGGACAGAUCAUUCCUGGUUUUCUCAGUGUUAUCCGGAGCUCACAUCCAAGCCGCCUUGAGUCCUACUUUAAUCAACUCUCUGUCCUCGUGAAUAUUGUUCGACAGCAUAUAAGAGCAUAUCUGCCCGAGGUUAUCGCUGUUAUUCGUGACUUCUGGAAUGUCUCGAGACAGGUUCAGUCCACUAUUCUUUCCUUGAUUGAGGCUAUAUCAAAGUCUUUGGAGGGAGAAUUUCGACGAUAUCUGGCCGGCCUUCUUCCAUUGAUGCUUGCCGUGAUUGAAAACGAUGCAGACCUUAGAAGAGAGUCUUCCAUCCGAAUCCUGCAUACAUUCUUGGUCUUUGGUGCCAGUGGAGAAGAGUACAUGCAUAUGAUUGUACCUGCUAUUGUCGGCAUCCUCGAGAACCCAGCUGCUCCAAUGAAUGCGCGGAAAGCUGCAAUCGAUACUUUGGGCAAACUCUCAAGGACUGUCAACGUCACCGACUUUGCGUCACUCAUGGUCCAUCCAUUGGCCAAGCUUUUAUCCGCCCCAGAAAAGGUCGCAACAAACUCAUCAGAGAGGUCCCUGAAGACAGCUGCGCUCGACUGCGUAUGUGCCCUGAUCUAUCAUCUGGGCCAGGACUUUGUUCACUAUCUCCCUUUGGUUGACAGGGCAACAAAGGCUGGUCAGAUAAAUUCCGAAAGAUUCCAGAAGCUCGUUGAGAACUUCAAGACCGGUAAAGCGCUGCCUGUGGAUUUCUAUCCCGAAGAGCAGUAUGGCCUUUCGGAGCAAGAUAAUACCUUUACCAACAUCACAUCACAAAGACUGCCAGUCAACCAGCAACAUUUGAAGAGUGCCUGGGACACAUCACAAAAGUCAACGAAAGAAGAUUGGCAGGAGUGGAUGCGGCGAUUCAGCGUCGAGCUUCUCAAAGAGUCUCCUUCUCACGCUCUAAGAGCCUGUGCCAGCCUGGCUGGCGUCUAUCAGCCGCUUGCCAAAGAUCUCUUUAAUUCCGCAUUCGUGUCAUGUUGGACCGAGCUUUACGACCAGUAUCAGGAAGAGCUCAUCCGAUCUAUAGAGAAAGCACUGACCUCACAAGCUAUUCCGCCAGACAUUCUGCAGACAUUGUUGAAUUUGGCUGAGUUCAUGGAACACGAUGACAAAUCAUUGCCCAUUGACAUCCGUACCCUGGGGAAGUUUGCGGCCAAAUGUCACGCCUUUGCCAAAGCGUUGCAUUACAAAGAACUCGAGUUCGAGCAAGACCAGAACAGCCACAGUGUUGAGGCUUUGAUCAGUAUCAACAACCAACUUCAGCAAUCAGACGCGGCUAUUGGUAUUCUGAGACGAGCUCAAGUCUACGGUGAGGUCGAGCUUAAGGAGGCAUGGUUUGAGAAAUUGCAGAGAUGGGAAGAAGCCUUGGCAGCAUACCAGAAGCGUGAGAAGAUCGAGCCCGAUAACUUCGACAUUGUCACGGGAAAGAUGCGAUGCUUACAUGCCCUCGGAGAGUGGAAGAUGCUUUCAGAGAUCGCGCAAGAACACUGGAACAGUGCGAGCACCGAGAACCGCAAAAAUAUGUCUGCUCUCGCCGCCGCCGCUGCCUGGGGCCGAGGAGAAUGGGAUCUGAUGGACAACUACAUCAGUGUAAUGAAGGACAGCUCACCAGACAGGGCAUUCUUUGGAGCAAUUCUCGCAAUCCAGCGCAACAACUUUUCAGAGGCAGCAAGUUUUAUUGUUCGAGCAAGAGAAGGAGUCAACUCUGAAAUCACCACGACCAUUGGCGAAUCAUAUAAUCGUGCUUACGGUGUGGUUGUUCGAACUCAAAUGCUCGCUGAACUUGAGGAGAUCAUCACCUAUAAGCAGAGCGACGGACACCCGGACAAACAAGAGUCAUUGAAACAGUUGUGGAACAAACGACUCCUGGGGUGCCAGUCCAAUGUCGAAGUCUGGCAGCGGAUGCUCAAAGUCCGAGCCCUUGUACUGACCCCCACUGACAACCCUGACAUCUGGAUCAAAUUUGCGAAUUUGUGUCGAAAGUCAGAUCGCAUCGGUCUGGCUGAGAGAUCCCUUGCCUCUCUGGGUGGAAUUGGAGACAUCUCAGCUGGGGGAAAUGAUCCGCCUGCUCCCGUGGCUUACGCUCGACUCAAAUUCAACUGGGCAACCGGAAAUCAACAUCAGGCCUUGUCAUAUUUGAGAGAAUUCUCAAUGCGGCUUGCAGAUGAGUUUCAAACAAUCAAUGCUUCUUUGGCGGCCAAUGUGCAUAAUGACAGAGUCAACAACGUCAACGGGCUUGAUAUGAACGGUCAUGAUGCCGUGAUUCAAAGGCAGCGUCAUUCGGACAUGGACAAACGUGCGAAGUUGUUGGCAAAAUGCUAUCUGAGACAAGGCGAAUGGCAGUCUUUCCUUCUCAGAGGGGAUUGGGCUAGCCCACGAGCUCAGGAUGUCGUCCGAGAUAUCCUCAGUUCAUACCAGGCGGCAACACAGUACAAUGAGUCUUGGUACAAAGCCUGGCAUGCUUAUGCACUCGCAAACUUUGAGGUCGUCACAUCCAUGGCAUCUCAUCAAGACCAGGACAAAGUUCGACAACUGCCGGAACACGUCAUUCAAAGCCAUGUGGUCCCCGCGAUUGGGGGAUUUUUCAAAUCGAUUGCUCUCUCGAGAACAAGCUCGUUGCAAGAUACCCUUCGCUUGUUAACUUUGUGGUUCGCUCAUGGCGGCCACAGCGAAGUGAAUCAAGUGAUAAUCGAAGGCUUCGCAUCUGUGAGCAUCGAUACAUGGUUGGAAGUCAUCCCACAGCUGAUCGCACGAAUCAACCAGCCGAAUGCUAGAGUCAGAGCAGCGGUUCACAGACUGCUUGCAGAGGUUGGCAAGGCGCAUCCUCAAGCACUAGUAUAUCCACUCACCGUGGCAAUGAAGUCUGCGGUCGCCCGCCGGGCUAACUCUGCUACACAAAUCAUGGACAGUAUGAGAGUGCACAGUCCUAUUCUGGUCGAACAAGCAGAUCUCGUUAGCCACGAACUCAUUCGAGUUGCCGUUCUUUGGCACGAGCUUUGGCACGAGGGACUCGAGGAAGCAAGUCGACUCUACUUUGGUGACCACGAUGUUGAGGGCAUGCUUGCGACACUUUCGCCUUUGCAUGAAUUACUUGAUCGAGGCGCCGAAACACUUCGAGAAGUCUCCUUCGCCCAAGCAUUUGGCCAUGAUCUUGCUGAAGCUAGAGCCUUUUGCAAUACCUUCCGUCGAACCAGAGAAAUUGGUGACCUUAACCAGGCAUGGGAUCUGUACUAUGCAGUGUUCCGCAAGAUCGCGCGCCAGUUGCCCCAGUUAAUGAGUCUUGACCUCAAAUAUGUUUCACCCCGCCUCAAAGACGCCCAUGACCUGGACCUGGCGGUUCCCGGCACAUACGUAUCUGGCAAACCUAUCAUCAAGAUCAUCAGCUUCAAUCAUGUUCUAACUGUGAUCCCCUCAAAACAGAGGCCACGAAAGAUGACAUUGAAGGGAUCAGAUGGAGUAUCCUACGAUUUUGUUCUCAAAGGCCAUGAAGACAUCCGACAAGACGAAAGAGUCAUGCAACUGUUUGGCUUGGUAAAUACCCUACUGACGAAUGAUACAGAGUCAUUCAAGCGACAUCUUAAUAUUCAGCGAUUCCCUGCAAUUCCGCUCUCGCAGAACUCUGGUCUCCUUGGAUGGGUGCCCAACUCAGAUACGCUACACAACUUGGUCAAAGAGUAUCGGGAGUCGAGACGGAUCUUGCUCAACAUCGAACACAGAAUCAUGCUUCAGAUGGCGCCUGACUACGACAACCUCACCUUAAUGCAAAAGGUUGAAGUAUUUGGAUAUGCCAUGGACAAUACCACAGGCAAGGACCUGUAUCGUGUGCUUUGGCUGAAAUCCAAGAGCUCUGAAGCCUGGCUUGAUCGUCGAACCAACUACACUCGUUCUUUGGCAGUCAUGAGUAUGGUGGGAUACAUUCUUGGGCUAGGCGAUCGACAUCCUUCUAACCUGAUGCUGGAUCGCAUCACCGGCAAAAUCAUUCACAUCGAUUUCGGCGACUGCUUCGAAGUCGCCAUGCAUCGCGAGAAAUACCCUGAACGAGUGCCUUUCCGGUUAACUCGAAUGCUGACCUUCGCAAUGGAAGUCAGCAACAUUGAAGGCUCAUUCCGCAUCACGUGUGAGAAUGUCAUGCGCGUGAUCCGCGAGAACAAGGAGUCUCUGCUUGCUGUGCUGGAAGCUUUCAUCCACGAUCCGCUUCUGAAUUGGCGUCUCAACACACGCGAAUCGCCACCUCGCCCUCAUUUCCGGUCUGAACGUCGCCAAAGCAUUAUCGAUGCUCCCGGAGCUCAGGGAGAUGAAUACGACCGAAGCCCCAUGGAAGUCAACAACCCUGCUUCAACAAUAGCAGGAGCAGCAAUCGGGCACGUUGGGGCCCCCCCUGGGCGGAGACACCGACGAAGUAGUAUUCUGGAUCCAGCGAUGAUGGGAGGCGUGGGAAGCAGUAUUCUUGACCCUUCCAAGAACAAUGACCCAAGCAAUACUACUGCCGAGGCAAAAGAAGUACAAAAUGCACGCGCUCUGCAGGUGCUCGCUCGAAUCAAAGAAAAGUUGACUGGGCGUGACUUCAAACCGUCCAGCCCGGGUACAGUUGCGGGAACGCAAGCGAAAAACUUCCGCGCGGAUCUCUCAGAUCUGGGCCUGGAAGGUUUGGGAGGCAUCAUCAACGGCAUCAACCAUGCCGAAGGAAACGGCAUUGUGGUGGACCAUGAGCGAAAGGCCAACCCGUUGUCGAAGGACGUGGUUACAGGAGUUGCGCCGGAGACAGUCAUGGCAGGAAUUGGCGGGCUGGGCGUUCCGGAGCAGGUGGAUCGAUUGAUUCUCCAGGCCACCAACGUGGAGAACCUCUGCCAGCAUUAUAUCGGAUGGUGCUCGUUCUGGUGAGCGGGUGAUGCCGACGCGACAACGUGAGUUCUUUCGUAUCUCUUGAGCGUUGGAUCUUUUGGGAGCAACAAAAACGAGGGGGGGGAGAGGAAUGGAAAGGUUAGGUUUGCUCCAGAGCAGGUCUCUAUCUAGGGCAAUUCGCAUGGCAUGAGUCGUUCAUGGAGGGUUGUACGAUGUGGAUGGCGCAUGACACAUUUACCAUCCACUUCUGGCUUCUGCGGUACGUAUUGCGUAUUGCAUGUUGCAGGUUGCGCGUUAUGUUGGGAUUUGACGACCCUGAAAUCUUGGAAGGAUCGUUGGUGCCGUUGAUGCCCUUUUUAGUGGAGAGAUGAACGGUCCAAGGAAGUCAAGUGGAGGGAACGGAUAGACAAGACACAGUCAAUGACGAUUUCCUUCAACCCG